AUGAUUCUCACACAAUGCAGACGGACAGUGCUGUCCGCAUCGUUCUCGGCAUGUCGCCGGUCUGUUUCUACUCUCCCUAACAAUCCCCACAUUUAUGUACACCCGCAGUCACCUACUGUCAAUGUCCUUUCCUUCCUGCCCACGUCGCCUCCCACAGGGUCACUUGCUAUUGGUGUCACAUCGCAAGUUCCGCCAACACCAGACUCGUUGCGUGAAAACCAAUCAUUCAUGAAAGUCUUACAAUCAGUGAUACGAGAACAUGCAACCAAAGAUCCCGAAGUUAUCGCACAAGCCCAGGCAUAUGCCAGCUCAGCAGGGUCGGCGUUGGGUUCGGGAGGUGUUUUCUUCCCUCAGACGCAAAGCAAGCGCAGCAAGAGACGCACAGGAUAUGGUGGUGGAGGCGGCACCGGUGGAGACGGAGCCGGAGGAGCGUCGGCUCAGGGCGGUGCUGGAGGUGCAGGAAGAGGAGGGUAUAUUCACGUUAGCGACCAGAGAAAUCCACCAGACUAUGGUCGUGUCGCCUGGCCCGAAGACAUUUUCGGCAGUCUCGAAGUUGACGGAGUCGGCAACUUUGUGGGCGAGAAUGGCAGCUAUCAAGAGAGUGGAACGUACAGAUGCAUCACACGGGAGGGAAUUCUUGGGCUUAGCCCGUAUCUUCGCGAGAAACUUGUCGCACGACUGAAGCAACUGGAGGCAGAGAAGAGCAAAUGA